UGUCCCGGGAUGACCUGUUGAUGUCCGGGAAAGAUGGAGCGGGGAUCACCCUCUGAAAUUCUUCCUGCAACAUCCCAAAAUGAGUCGAAAACACUAACGAUUGAUUAAUCACGCUGAGAAUUCAUUGAUGCAUUGUUUCGGGAGUCUAAUUAAAUAAUUAAAUCGCCUUUAGAGCUCUCUAGAUCACGCUAUGGGCGAACCCAAUUUUUGUAACAGUGUGCAUCCCGUCUCCGUAGCAAGCUAGGCCCGACGAGGUAACUCAAGCUACAGUCAUCACACUGCACUGGCACAGAGGGGACGAGAACGCGGUGGACGUAAACUCUUUAAUAUUUCAUUUGUUCGACUAUUUUUAUGACAGAAUUCGUGCCCGUGGCUUUGUUGAUAAAGAGGAGGCGCCGCAUCGACAUUGCCAAAGACCCGUGAUAAACGUUUUUUUUAAGAGAUACUUUUACGUUUUCCGUGGCCCCCCUCCCGGCCCGUGCCAUUCGAGCACUCCAAAAUCCUACCGGGCAACGACGGUGGCAUAGACUGGGCACCGAUAUCUCUUGCUGCCCACUCCGGUUCGCCGCUCUGUCGCUGGCGCGGUUCUCCACCCAGGUGGGACCGGCGAGACAUUGCUGUGAUACACUUUCAUACCCAGUGGUGCGGGGCAGAGCGUUAUGGCUCAGACUCUACAGAUGGCGAUCCCCAACUUUGGCAACAAUGUCCUGGAGUGUCUGAACGAGCAGAGGCUGCAAGGGCUGUACUGUGACGUGUCUGUGGUGGUGAAGGGCCAUGCCUUCAAGGCCCACCGUGCGGUCCUGGCAGCCAGCAGCUCCUACUUCCGGGACCUGUUCAACGCAGGGGGCAAGAGCCAGGUGGUGGAGCUGCCCCCGGCCGUGCAGCCCCAGAGCUUCCAGCAGAUCCUGGCCUUCUGCUACACCGGCCGCCUCAGCAUGAACGUGGGGGACCAGUUCCUGCUCAUGUACACGGCCGGGUUCCUGCAGAUCCAGCAGAUCAUGGAGAAGGGGACCGAGUUCUUCCUCAAGGUGUCCUCCCCUAGCUGUGACUCCCAGGGGCUCCACACAGAGGAGACCCCGCCCUCCGAGCCCCAGAGCCCCGUCACUCAGACGGCGGGCGGGGGAGGGGCCGGGGUGGUUGCCACGGCGUCCGGGAGGCCCGCCUCCUGCCUGACGCCCCUCCCCCUGGUGUCGAGGGUGAAGACGGAGCAGAGCUCCAGCACGCCACAGCCCACUCCCACGCAGCCGGAAGCCUCCUCCUACUCGGUGGUGUGCACCCCGGUUGCUAAGCGCCUGUGGGAGGGUGGUAACCGUGACGGCGGGGGAGGCUCGGGCGGGGGAGGCGGGGGCGGGAUGCGGAAGGCCGCACGCUACUCCUCCUCCUCCUCCGCCUCCUCCCAGGACGCGUCGGGGCGGGGCGUGGUCGGCAACAUCGCCACGGUGAUGGGGAACGGCGGCGGGACGAACGGUAACCACAACAACAACAACAACGGCGCCGCCGCCGGCAACCACGUGGGGACGCCGGAGGGCACAAGCCCGGGGACCCUCAGCAUGUACACCAGCGACUCCCCCCUCAGUUACCACGACGACGAGGAGGAGGAGGAGGUGACGGACGACAGCACAGAGGAGCAGUACAGGCAGAUCUGCAACAUGUACACCAUGUACAGCAUGCUGAACGUAGGAGCCACAGUAGCGGGCGAGCGCGUGGAGGCCCUGCCCGACCACGUCACCUCGGAGACACGGGGGGGGCGUGGGGGCCGGGGGUCGCGCCAGGGCGACCUGGCGUCGCUGCCGGCGGAGCUGAUCAGCCAGAUCGGUAACCGGUGCCACCCUCGGCUGUACGAGGAGGGCGACCCGGCGGAGAAGCUGGAGCUGGUGACGGGCACGUGCGUGUUCAUCUCCCGCGCCCAGCUCAUGAACUGCCACGUCAGCGCCGGCACGCGCCACAAGGUGCUGCUGCGGCGCCUGCUGGCCGCCUUCUUCGACAGGAGCACGCUGGCUAACAGCUGUGGAACCGGCAUCCGCUCCUCCACCAACGACCCCAGCCGCAAGCCUCUGGACAGCCGUGUCCUCCACGCCGUCAAGUUCUACUGCCAGAACUUCGCCCCCAGCUUCAAGGAGAGCGAGAUGAACGCCAUCGCGGCCGACAUGUGCACCAACGCCCGGCGCGUGGUCCGUAAGAGCUGGAUCCCCAAGCUGAAGCUGCUGAUGGCCGAGGGCGACGCCUACUCCGCCUUCCUGGCCGACAACGUCAAGAUGGAGGCGGACGCCCUGGGGGCGGAGCACGGCUUCGACCCCGCCUCCUUGGAGGCGGCGACGGCGGCCAAUGGCGACGCAGGGACCUCGGCCCCGGAUGGUCUGCAAGGGGGCGGAGUCGCGGACGGGAGCACUUUGUUCUGAAGCGAGGUGGUGGGGCCUGGAGAAAGGAGGUGGACACGCCCCCCCUCGGGUGUGAGCCCUGGUUCCUGAUUGGCCGCUCCGGCAAGUUGUCGUCUGUGAGCUUGGAUGACACGUUUCCUUUUCCCGUUUUUCUUCUUCUGUUUUUUUUCUCCAGUUUUUUUAUUUUUUAUUUUGAUGCGUUCUUUUGUCUGCCUUUCUUUAUGUGUCUGUCUGUGUUCCUCCUGCUUCCUACAUCGUCCCUCCAUCCGUCUCUGUCCCCGUCCCGGAGCCCUGCGCUGACAGACAGUCUGGCAGGGAGAGAGAUUGAGGGAUAGAAAGAGAGGAGGAGGAAGGAAAGAAAGAGUCGUUAUUUGAUCCUGAAGACGUGAUAUUGUUUUUACACGUAGUCGUAGAUGAUCCCACACACACACACACACUGUCCUCUAGGAACAUCCUCUGUUCAUUGAUACCCCCCCCCCCCCCCUCCCCCGCCACAUUUUAAUAUAGCUGAAACACUUUCCCCAUGAGGGCUGGGGGGGGCCACCUUUUUAAGUGAGGGUGAGGGGGGUCAGUAUGUGGGGAUGGGGAGCUGGAGUCAACCUGCUCGGAGUGUGUGUGUGUGUGUGUGUGUCUAGCCUGCUUGUCCACAGUCCCAGGAGGUCCUCGUGUUGACCAGGUACACGGCACGUCACCGUCAAGUAUGCUUCAGAGGGUAGGGGGAGGGGAGACUGCUUUAUUCUGCAUAUAGGUACGAGUUUAUAACCUCCCCUCCCCCCCCCCACCUCCAACACACUUCUAAACAUGAGUGCUUUUCAUGUUUCUUUCCUUUGUUUUCCUCUACUCAAAUUAGCCAUUUCUUCUUAGUUCCCUGCCCCCCCCCCCCCACUCAGCGGGACUCCGAGGUGGAGGGCUCGGUGUGUCGUGAC